AUGGUCGGCCAUCCGCUGAGCGCAGACGAGCUGGAUGACCGCGCAAGGCAUCAGUACAAGGUGGUGCUCCAGUUUCUGCAGGAGAAGGAGCUGUUCGAGACGCUGUUGGCAAUGGAGGGCGAGACCGGGGUGAAGUAUGCUGAUGGAGACCUGCCUGUGGCGAGCAUCCUCCAGUCGAGCCUGGACAUGUUCUCCGCUGCGGACGCCACCCCAGCCGAGAAGGAAGAUGCCGACGGCAAGGCGGCCUGCGAAGCGCUGGAGGCCUUGCGAGGCGGCGCCUGCGCGACCCGCGAGGCGGACAGCGGAGGUCCCGACGCCUUCGCGGCCAACGUGACCGCAGUCUGCUGGGCCGUGAGGUCCUUCGACGAGGCGCAUUGCAUCGUGGCCACGGCAGAUCGAAAGUUGCGAAGCUCGAUUGAAUUCAGAGCCCUGGCUGCUUUCGAGGAUCUGCCUUCUCCACCACUGAGCCUCGAUGUGGCGUCUUCCGAGGAAGCGGGCCUGCAAGAGGUUCUGGUGACCACGAUGGGUGGUGAAACCCUGCUGCUGAAAUUACGGCACCCGGGAGCCCCUUCGGGCGGGUACCCAGACUCGAAGGACAUGGGCCGCUGGUCUUUUGAACUCUGCCAGCAGUUCAAGGAUCACCAGAAGCAGGUGACCAGUGGCCGCUUUGCUCCGGCCCGAAGCGCUCACAGCAGCUACUUCAUCACCAUCUCGCGAGACCACACGGCGUGCGUCUACGGCCGACCGCCCGGCCCCCACUUCGCCCUCCUGGGCUCCUACAGCUUCGUGGGCGAGGUCACUGCCUGCUGCUGGCUGGAUCCCCUGACGGCUGUGCUGGCAGCCAGGAAUGACCAUGAGCUCCAUUAUCUGGAGAUGGAGGGCCCGCACCCGGGCGAAACGCAGGAGGUGCUGCAAACCAACCUCAAUGCCCUUGGCGACAGCGUGGUCUCCUUUGCCGUGCUGGCCCUGGCGGCGUCGCCG